AUGUCCCAGGCCAACAUAUUCCUCAGAACACUGGAUCUGUCUUACAACGGCCUGGGUAAGGAUGGAGCCAUAGCUUUAGGAGAGGCUCUCAAAGACAACAACACUCUAGAGGACCUCAAUAUAAGUAACAAUCGAAUACCCCCUGAAGGUGCGAUCCGCUUCACCAUGGGCCUCAAAGUAAACAAGACAAUAAAAAAACUCUAUAUGGGGAGGAAUCCUAUACAGACUGCCGGGUGUUACGGAGUCCUGAAAGCAAUCCAGGGAAACGCAGAAUCAGCUAUGGAGUGCCUGGACUUUUCUGACAUAACAGUGAAUCAGGACUUUGAGGAUUUGUACGUUGCCUUAAAAGACAUAUUCCCAAACAUCAGAGUCAAACAUGGAGGAAGAAUCGACACAUUCAGAAAACCAAAGGCCUAA